CCAAGCAGGAUAAAUUUAGCCGUACAACUAACACAUUUAUUAGAAUCAUAGAAACUAACCCAGGCCAUUUUAAUGGGCCAAACAAUAAGAACACAUUUUGCUUAUUUUUGGGACGGGCCAAGUUUUUUAAUAGGCCGGCCCAAUUCGAAAAUCAUCUACUUGUUUUAACGUUUUUUUUUGAGGCUCGCCCCGAUCGUCGAUCGCCGUUCCCGAUCGAAUCCCCUCGUCACCAAAUGCUCUCCCUUUCCCUACGACGCACCUCGCAAAACCUAAUUCCCCAAACCCUAAUCCCCUCGAUCCCUCCCGCGAGCUUCGUCUUCUUCUUCCCCCUCCUACACCGUUCUCCUCUCUCCUCCUCCGCCCCCGACCGCGGCCGCGCGCGGCGGAGGCGCCCCGCGAAGCCCCCGCCCAUCGAUGAAACCCUGGUCGAGCGCGCGCUCGCCUCCCUCCCCGCGCGCUUCACCGGCGCCGACCUCGCCGCGGCGCUCUACGCCGAGCCCGACCCGCGCGUCUCCCUCCCCGGCCCCCCCGCCCCGCUCCUCAACGCCCUCGUCUACUUCUACUGCGACCUGCGCAAGCUCGGCAAGGCCGUGCACGUCUACACCCGGAUGCGCGCGUCCCCGGACCCCGCCGCGCGCCCCACCGCCCACACCUACGCCCUCCUCUUCACCGCCCUCCUCGCGCGCGGCGGCGCCGACUCCUACGUGCGCCACGCCUACACGGACGUCGUGCGCGCCCUCUUCCGCCAGAUGGUCGACGCCGGGAUCGAGCCCGACAUCGUCGCGCUCAACGCCCUCGUGCGGGGCUACGCCGAGUCGCUCCACCUCAACGACGCGCUCCGCGUGUUCCACCAGAUGGGCCGCGUGUACCGGUGCGAGCCCGACGAGCACACGUACAGCCACCUCGUCCGCGGGCUCUGCGCCCAGGGGCGCACGCGCAACGCGCGCGAGCUGUUCGACGAAAUGCGGGCGAAGGGGCUGGCGCCGACCGCGCGCGCGUGCGACGCGCUCGUGAGCGCGCUCGCGAUGGACGGCGAGGUGGGGGACGCGGCGCGCGCCGUGCGGGAGGCGGCGCGCGCGGGGCGGGCGGUGGACGGGAUCACGUGGAGGGCGCUGCUGGGGGAGAUGUGCAGGCGGAAGAGGACUGGGGACGCCGCGGCGAUGCUGCGGGAGAUGGCGGAGAGAGGGGCGUUGGAUCGGAGGAUGCGGAGGGAGCUGCUGAGAUGGGUGGAGGAGGAGUUUGGGGAUGAUGAUGAUGAUGAUGGUGUAUUAGAGUUGAGAAGGGAAUUGAGAGAUGAGAAGUGAGCAUGUGUGUUAAACUAAGAAUAUAUGGUUUUUUCCUUUCUCGGAAAUCGGGAGAGGAUUGGUUAUACUGCCGACGGAUCUGCGACAUGCGCUCAUUACCACCGCAGCUGUUUAAAGCAGUUGAUGCCCGCGGCUGUGCUGAAUGUGGCCGCUACAUUUCCCAACAGAUGAGGCAGUACAGAGUUUGGUGGAUAUGUGAAUUUCAGUUUGUUGAUAAGUUUCGAAAUUUUGGAAA